CUCUGCCUUCUCGCUUUAGAACUACGAUUUCAUCUGUUGAAUAUUUGUCGGCGGGCGAAGGAGGAAGAGGAGGGCGAAGAAGAAGAGGCCACUUCAUCUGCCGACGCUGACGCCUAAACAUCCAGCGACGCGCACAGACCAGCCCAGCGUACCCCAGCCUGCCACUCAUCGCCGUGGCGACCGCGGUGAUGGAGACGAGCGGGCGAGUGUUCAUCGGCCUGCAGCAGGUCCGGCAGGGCCCUCAGGCGCUCACGCCGGCGGCACCCUCCAUGCCCGGCACCGUCACAGACACCGAGGUCCCCUGCUACUUCAGGGAGCACUACGUCCGCACUGGCUACCGGCCGCUCCACCGAAGCUGGCGCUACUACUUCCUGUCCUUGUUCCGGCGUCACAACGAGACCGUUAACGUCUGGACUCACCUGCUGGCCUUUUUAGUGUUUGUGGUUAAACUGAAGCAGCUCGGUGAGACCGUGGACUUCGUCAGUGACUGCCAUUCGUGGCCCCUGUUGAUCCUAAUCCUGUCUUCUUUGAGCUACUCGGCCUUCAGCGCCGUGGCUCACCUCCUAGGGGGCAAAUCUGAGCUGUGCCACUACUUCUUCUACUUCCUGGACUACGUGGGCGUGGCACAGUACCAGUACGGCAGCGCCGUGGUUCACUAUUACUACGCGGCCGAUCGCAGCCUGCGUUCGAUCUUCAUGCCCGCCGCCGCCGCCCUCAGCUGCCUGUCGUGCCUGGGAUGCUGUUACGGCAAAUACCGCAACCUCACCCUGCCGACGUGGGCGCGCAAGCUGUGCCAAGUGUUGCCAUCGGCGCUUGCUUACGCGUGGGACAUCACUCCGGUGGCCAAGAGGCUCCUCUGCUCCGCCGCCAGCAGUGACCCGGCGCUCGUCUACCACUGUGGCCAAGUGGCGUUUUUCCUCAGCUGCUCCUUCUUCUUCACCUUCCCCACGCUAGAGCGCUGCUUCCCCGGACGCUGCGAUUUCAUGGGCCAGAGUCAUCAGAUUUUCCACGUCUUGCUGUCCUGCUGCACGUUCUGUCAGAUACACGCUUCCUACCUCGACUACGCGGGUCGCAGGGAGCUGUACUCGCGACUGCACGGCAGCAGCGAGGCCGCUCUGUUUGUGGGACUGUAUGCGGUCACGCUGGUCGCAUGCGCGCUGAUUGUUGCCUGCAUGAUAAGGAAGGUUAAGCAAGUUCUUGACUCUAAAGCCAAGUCCAGGAAAACAUCCUGAAGCUGUAGCAGCCGCUGAACAGAAUUCUUUUAGUUGCCAGAUCAGUCAGAUGCACACAGGAAAUAGUAAUUUAAUAACUUCAAAAAUUUUCAGUAUUAUGUUUUUUUAAGAAGAGGGGCACAAUCAAAAUCAGAGUCAGCUUAUUGGGAAAACACAGAUAAUUUAUAAUAAGAUAUAAAAUGUGCCAAUAUGUGUUUUAUCAUAAAAGAAGUGGGCGGAUAAAAACGUUUGUAUUAUUUUAUUUUCAAGCCUUCAAAGUGUUGCAAAAGCAGCAAGUACAUUGACCCAUGAAUGUUUAUACCAUCCACUGGUGUUUUUUAAUAUGUAUUGAUAUGGCGAUCACUUUUUAAAUAACCAGUUUUAACACAAAACACUAAAUGGAACCUCCAUAUAAAAAUGAUUUAUACCUUUACCAGAAGAAAACCUUUUUUUGAUGAUGGUAUGACAGGAUCUUUUUUUACACAUUUCACACAUUUAAAAUAAUUUUUCUCGCUUUUGAUUAAACAGCACUUUUGAAAUAAUUGAAUGUACUGCCUUAUAAGAAAGCUAAAUAUUUUAUGAUGGAUUUAAUACAUAAUUUAUAAAGUCUAUUUUGGUAUUAAGAUUUUAACAAUCACUGUAUUGUGUCUUAUUGAAAACGUUUUAUGUGCCUUUGGUGUCAAAAGUGAAAAGUAAACGUGAGCAUUAAUAAAAAAUAAUGAUGCCACAAUUCUGUGUUUAUAUGUCGAUGUAUGAUAUGUUGUAUUUACUGUGUAUUGUACCAUAUUGUACUUUCAGGGAUGACGGCCGUGAUUCAGCUCUGAUUUACUGUUGUUCUUAUUACAAACUGCAAAAAUAACACAACAAUCUGGGCAGAAAACAGGACAAAUGUAGUGCCGGUUUGGU